UUUUUCGAUUCUGAAAUGCAGAGAUUUGCACAGAGAGAAAGUGUUGUUUUGGGGUAUAGUCCUCAGAAGACAUUCACGGAUCCAAAUUCUUCCCCCGAUAACCCACGUAGAAACUUAGAUAUAGAUUUUAAAGGUGUCUUCGGUGGUCCACCAAGGCGGCCAUCAACUCAAGAGACAAUAUAUGGUUUUGGUGAAAACCGAAGAAUUGAUGAACUGGUGGUUGCUGGAUCAUCACGGAAUCCAUGGUCUGGUUCGAGCGAAAAGCCGGUCUUCGGUGAAGAAGAGAUGGCCCGGAGAAGGCGCUCGAAAACCGAUUUCUUCCGUGAUAUAUUUAGAGGGAACGAGCCAUCGAGUGCUUCAAGGAAGUAUGAAGUGAAGGACUCUUUUGCACCUGGUUCACAGUCAAUGAGUCCGGCUUUGCCACCAAAGCCUGAACCUUUUGGCAGUUCAUCUCCUCCUCAUUUCAGACAUCCAAACCUUCCCGCUAAAUUGAGCAAAGGAAUGGACCUCCCCAUGUUUGGCUCUUCCACUCAAACCCCUAUGUCUAAAUUCUCAGGCCAAGCAAACCAAGAUAAAGAAGAACCGAGAAACGGUUUUCAAUCCUCAUAUUGCUUUAGUGAAGGUAAUGAGGAGUCAACAAACUCGACUAAGUAUGCGGAAACGGAGAGAAAGGGCAAUUCGAAUGAAGAUUCAAGUAGUUCGGGGAUUUUGAAAUAUGGCAACUGGUUUAACUUCUCAAUAUACAAAUGGGCAAACAAGGGAAGUGUACCGGUAUCCAAUCCACCAAGGGGAAGUGACAGACGCAAAGGAAAGGAUAAACUGCAGAGGAGCAUAAGUGCUAAUGGAUGGAUACCACAUGAAAGCAUAGCAAAGGAACCGAAAGAUAAACUGCAUAAUAGAUUUUUCUCUUUUGAUGGAAGGUCAUCAAGUUGUAAAUCUUUUAGGGUAGAGCAUGUCAAGAAUGAAAAAACAGGCUCUCUAAUCGAUUCAAGAAAUGAUGGCGAACUCGGUCGAAUUAUCGAGGAAGACAACAUUACCAAGCCUGAGUUAGAAAUCAUAAACGACCUUAAAAGUACUGUUAAGAAUGUUUCCAAGGGAGAAGUUUCAGAGGAUGGAAAUGCAACUCAAGAACCUCAACCGAAACAUCUGAAUUUGCUUUUCGAUGAUGAACGAGGCAAUGGUGAAAUAACUAAAAAUUAUGGAAGCAAAGGCAUUCCUGAAAUGAAUGCCAAGAAGUUUUUUGAAAUUCUAGAUGGUAAAAAAACCAAAAAACAGGAUGUAAAGAAAAGGGCUACUUCCAACGUGGAAACAAGUGCAUCGAGCGUGAAACAUUCCCCUAGGAAAUCAUGGGAUAAUGGAAAAGCCAGAGUCAGAGGAAAGGUCAAAGAAUUAAUCAAAAUUUUCAACCAGGAUGCUUCAUCAAGACCUAGAACGGAUGCUGCACUAUCUGAAAAUCAUGGCUCUAGUCGGAAGGAAAGAGACAAAGUCAGGCCCGAGACUGAACCAAAUAUUAUCAUGAAUACAACAAGGGUAGAGAAAGUUCACCUGAAUAGCGUGAUAAAGAAGAAACCACAUUCAGAUAUUCCUGUUGCCAGUGAUAUGUGUAAGGGAGCAUCCGAGAAGAACCUCAAUAGCUCAGUAAAAGAAAGUGUUGCUGAUAACUCCAAGAAUAUUGUUGAGGAUCCAGCAGAGUUAUUUGAGGAAGAUUUUUGAUAGAAGACCCGACUCCGGAAGAGAACAACUUGCCAAAAUUUGGAAUUGAUCCUUUAGAAAUGGAGGUCAUAGAUGAUAAAA